AUGUGGUUACGGGCACGGUGGCGGAUUUUCGUGGAAAUCGCAAACCAUUGGGCGCUCAACGAUAAGUCUUCUCGGGAGCAGGCCGCCACUGAGCAGAGGCUCGGUAGUCUCAAGAGCUUGUUCGUACUAUUCGAGGAGAUGGACCCAGGCGGCCACGGCACUCUGACUCUCGAGCGCAUGCAGGAGGCAUUGCUCGACGUGGACAGCCGCCUCGUGAGCAGUUUCCACGCACUUGGGCUGGAGGUGACAGACGUUCGCACGCUCUUUCUGCUGCUGGACCGCGACCGCAAGGGUUUUAUCAACGUCGACGAGUUUUUGCUCGGUUGUUUCCGGCUGAAGGGCGAAGCCAGGACUUUGGACAUCAUGAAGUUACAGUACCAAUGUGAGUUCAUUAUGCAUAAUUUGGUGAACGUUGUCGAUAUGUUAAGCAGAAGGGAUGUCGACAUGAUGGAGGUUGGUAGUCCAGGGUGUGUUGUGGACUCCGGCGCUGGAAGUCAAACCGACUUCAGAAAUUUCUCAGCCGCGGUGGUGAGCAAACAGUUGAGAGAGGUUCUCAAUAUGAACGGCAGUGCGGUGCAGAGCAGCGCAAGACACGAAGGCAGCGAGAGCCCUGGGCCCCGCGAGAUGCAGCGGAGGUUUCGAAGCCAAGUUACGAUGUGA